GCCUACGAGGCGAAGAUCGCCGCGGCGGGCGGCUUCGACCUCGUCUUCUGCUCCACGGGCGGCGACGGCCACGUCGCGCGCAACGAGCCCGGGUCCUCGCUCAAGUCGCGGACGCGGCCCAAAACUUUAGCCCACGACACGAAGUCGCAGCUCGCGGAGCGCUGGCAGUGCCCCGUCGGGGACGUGCCGUCCGUGGCGCUCACCGUGGGCGUCGGCACGAUCAUGGGCGCGCGCCGCGUGCUCGUGCUCUUCGCGUCCGUGCACCGCGCGUACGCGCUCGAGCGGUGCCUCGAGCACGGCAUCAACCACAUGUUCCCCGUGUCCAUGCUCCAGCAGCACCCGGAGGUGACCUUCGCCUGCGACGAGGACGCCACCUUCGAGCUCCGCGUCAAGACCGUCAAGUACUUCAAGGGCCUC